AUGCAUCUUUAUAGUGAUUUCAAUCCUUCAAACAGAGAUGCUAAAAUUGAUCAACUAGGCAUUGGACAGUGUCUUGAAUCCCAAAAGAUUGCUAACGAAUUACCUAUUCAUACAAUCUUUGUGUCACCUUUGCGGAGAGCUUUGAUGACAGCAUACUAUGUGUACAAAGAUCACCCUAACUUCGCCUCAAUCGAAUUCAUCUUACUCCCUCAACUGCGUGAAUCUUUGAACAUAAUCUCUGACAUUCCUUCAAAUAUCGACGAAGUCAUCGAAGAAUUCAAAGAGCUGAUUCCUCAGUUACACAUAGUUGAACUGAGUCCCCUCUCAAACCCUCCAUUGCAUCUGUCUUUAACUUUGUUGCCCUUAGUCUUUACCCCUAUAGACGCUUCUCUGAUCGACCUGAGAAAAAGUAGAGAGCACUGGUUCCUAGAUGACUAUUUAAGUAAUAUCAUAUCCUUUAAGCAUAUUUGUACUAAACAACACAAUAUUUUCUCCAUAUCUACCAAUUAGAACUUCAACACCACCCCUUCUUCCUACCAACCCGGCCAAACCCCCCUAUAAAACCCCACCACCCGCCUCUCUCAUCCCUUCUUCACCUAAAAUCCCCUUUAGCCCCCAAAUCUCUCUCUUCCUAGCCCCUGACUUUACUCGCAUCCCCACUCACCAAAGCCAGUCUCUUUUCCCUUACUGACUUAAGGUUCGAAAUGAACGAAGAAGCAUGCACGACUAGAGCAGCAUAACUUCUGAAUUUUAGCUGAAACAAGUACUUGAGAAGGAUCAGGAUCAAGAAGAAGGGGAGCAGGAAGGGAUAGGAGAAAUGUAGGGGUUUUGGAUUAAUAGGGAUUUUUUAGAGAUUUUUUAGGGGUAUUUUGGAGGUGUUGUGUGAGAUGGGGAAGGAGGUGCACCCGAAUGUGUUGGAGGCGAGAUGGGGGAUGAGAGAUAGAGUAAUGGAGAUGAAGAAGGUGGUGAAGAAGUAUAUUGAUGACAAUGAGGUUGCCGAGGAUCAGAAGGUAGUUCUUGUAGGACAUUUUGUGAUUUUCUUGCAUUAUACUCAAGUUAAGGACAAAGAAUACUCCAGAGACGAGAAGUUACCAAGAUCUGACAACUGUAUCAAGCUAAAAACUGCCAAUUCGCUUCAGAUCCAAACAAUCUCUCCAAAAUAAAAUCAUAC